UAAAUCUACUCUAUUAUAACCUAAACCACACCCACAAUAAUUAAAAUGUACAGGUGUGGUGCUCUAAUUGUGAAGGGGUCCUCCAGUCCUAAGCAGCUAGUUCCUUCAUUGACAGCCGCUGCUGCUCUCGUACGUGAUGUAUUAUACGUCCCACUAGCUCCUCUUUCCGUUGAAGAGCCAUUAACUGACCUUGCAAGCAGAAUAAACAGGAUUUACUUCACCCUGUCAUGUAUUAAACCAAAUCUUGACUUGAGGGUCAUCCUUCCACCGACCACGCCUCCUGCCACACCUACCACCUUUCCUCUUAGCAACACUCUUGAUGCUCUCCUCUCUCCUGAGACAGACUUUAAUGCAAUAUCAGGAUUACCCGAAUACUCAAAUAUUUCAAUUCGUACCGACGAGCACUUGCAAUCAAUUUUCAAAACCAUUUCUCCUCUUCCUCCCGGCCCUGAUGCCACUCCUUUAGCCACACCUACAACCAUUACGCCACACAGUGACGUUGCUUUGGGCGGUACCUUUGAUUCUAUUCACAUUGGUCACCUCCUUUUGCUAACGACAGCAGCACUCAUAGCAACCAAGAGGGUACUAGUGGGUAUUGCUGACGGGCCGUUACUAGCUAAAAAGGUUCUCGGGGAAUUAAUAAAACCAAUUGACUACCGCAUAAGGAAAGUGGAGAGUAUAUUACGUGAUGUGAAGUGUGGGCUUGAGUUGGAGGUUGUUCCAAUCACUGAUGUAUUUGGACCAGCAGGAUGGGAUAGUGGUCUCAACUGUCUAGUGGUGACACCAGAGACACUCAAGGGAGGAGAUGCAAUUAAUAAAGAAAGAGAGGAAAAGGUAUGUGAAUCUGGGUUCCUAUAA